AUGGGUGCUGGAGCGGCUGUCGCAGGUGUCUCCAGCUCGGGCUUUGCCCACCUCAUCGACCCCAACAAAAAAUGGUGGAACAAUCGUCGACUCUUCAACUUGACGAUUUUGACCGUCUUAUUGCUCAUCACUUCGUCUACCAAUGGCUAUGACGGUAGUGUUAUGAACGCCUUCCAGUCAGUGGACCAAUGGAAGGAGUACUUUGGUCACCCGCAAGGAUCUCGGCUCGGUUUGUUGAACGCCAUCCAGAAUAUCGGCAACUUGUGCGCAUACCCCUUCGCGCCCUACCUAUCCGAUGGCUUGGGUCGCCGGCCAGCCAUCCUCAUUGGCGCCAUUAUCAUGUGCGGCGGGGCGGCCCUCCAAACCGCCUCCACUUCCAUCGGCAUGUUUAUUGGCUCUCGCUUCAUGAUUGGCUUCGGCCUCACAUUCGCCGCCAACGCUGCACCCCUCCUCAUCACCGAGAUCUCCUACCCCGCCUACCGUGCGCCGUUGACCUCCGCCUACAACGCGCUCUGGUAUAUUGGCUCCAUCGUUGCUGCAUGGGCCACCUACGGUACCUUCAAGAUCGCCAACAACUGGUCGUGGCGUAUCCCCAGUGUAAUCCAGGCUGCCCCGUCUGUCCUCCAAAUCAUGUUCAUCUGGUUCGUGCCGGAGUCGCCUCGAUUCCUCAUGAGCAAGGGCAAGAACGAGGAGGCGUUGAAGGUCUUGGCGCACUACCACGCUGACGGCAAUGUUGACGACCCCUUGGUCCGUUAUGAGUACGAGGAGAUCAAAGCCGCCCUCGAGUUCGACCAGACCGUCGCUGCCAACGUUGGCUGGAAGGCCUUGGCCACCACCCCUGGCAACAGGAAGCGCAUGCGGAUUAUCAUCGCCCUCGCCUUCUUCUCGCAGUGGUCCGGCAACGGUCUCGUCUCCUACUAUCUCAAUGCCGUCUUCAACUCUAUCGGCAUCACCGACGCCACGACGCAGCUGCUCAUCAACGGCAUCCUGCAGAUCUGGAAUCAGUUCUGGGCACUAGGCGCUGGCUUGCUCGUCAACCGCAUCGGUCGGAGAACACUUUUCCUCUGGUCGACCGUCGGCAUGUUCAUCUUCUUCACCAUCCAAACCAUCUGCUCCGCACGGUUUGCUAUCGACGGGACGGACGCCGCCGCCCACGCAGUCGUGGCGUUCAUCUUCCUGUUCUAUGCGGCUUAUGAUAUCGCAUACAGCCCGCUCAUCGUCUCGUACACCGUCGAGAUCUUGCCCUUCCACCUGCGUGCCAAGGGUCUCACGGUCUUCAACUUCAUGGUCUCCUGCUCCCUCAUCUUCAACCAAUACGUCAACCCCAUCGCACUCAAGGCCAUCGCCUGGAAAUACUACAUCGUCUACGUCUGCUGGAUCGCCUUCGAGAUCGUCUUCAUCUACCUCUACUGCAUCGAGACGAAGGGCAAGUCGCUCGAGGAGACCGCCGCGCUGUUCGACGGCGAAGAGGCCGAGACGCAUAUUGCCGGCGUCGCGCACAAGCAUACGGAGGAGGUCAUUGGCAAGCAGCCGCUGCCCGAUCUGGAGAAGGCCACCUCGCACCAGUCGAUGCAUAUGAUCGAGUCGGUGCCGAAGGUGUAG